AUUAGAUGUUCACCGAAUAAGACAAUCCGGAAGUCGGUUUGUGUCAAACCAAUCAAGCGUGUUCUCAACGGUGUGUCAUCUAGAAAGUUCUGGCAAGUGAAAUCUUCUACCAGUAAAUGACAGCGUGUAAGUUUUCACUGUGAUAGGAUUAUAUCCGGUGUUUAAGAUGUCUCUUAUUUCCGAGGAAAAUGUUCGCGGUGGGAACAUUUUUAGGGAGCUUAGUGCGGACGACGAGGAGUGGCAGCCCACCGAGAUAGAGAGCUUGUGUAUGAACUGCUACCAAAAUGGCACGACCCGCAUGCUCCUCACUAAAAUCCCCUUCUUCAAAGAAAUUAUCGUCAGCUCCUUCAGCUGUGCUCACUGCGGCUGGUCCAACACCGAGAUCCAGUCUGCGGGCCGAAUCCAGGACCAGGGGGUCUGUUACACGCUCGAAGUCAAAACGAAGCAGGACUUGAACCGGGAGGUUGUGAAGGCGGACUGUGCGGUCACCAAGAUCCCUGAGCUGGAUUUCGAAAUACCUCCUUUUACCCAGAAAGGUUCGCUUUCUACUAUCGAGGGGUUGUUGGGCCGAGCAGUAGCCGGGCUGGAGCAGGACCAGCCUGCCAGACGGGCUGCCGAACCGCAGGUGGCGGAGAAAAUAGACGAGUUCAUCCAGAAGCUGAAGAAGCUCAAAGAUGUUGAACACGAAUUCACGCUGGUGAUUGAGGAUCCAUCGGGGAACAGUUUUGUGGAAAAUCCUCUGGCGCCUCAAAAGGACGAGGCUCUGACAGUGACCCGGUUCAAGAGGACCGCCCAGCAGGACCAGCAGCUGGGAAUACGGCCUGAUGAUGACCAGGUGGAGGAGCGUUCAGGGAACGACCUGGAAGCUAUGAGAGGAGAGGUCCUGGUGUUCCCCACAAACUGCCCGGAGUGCAACGCGCCCGCCUCCACCAAUAUGAAGCUGGUCCAGAUCCCCCACUUCAAGGAGGUCAUCAUCAUGGCCACCAACUGUGACAGCUGUGGCCACCGGACCAACGAGGUCAAAUCCGGUGGAGCUACGGAGCCGCUUGGCACCAGGAUCACACUGCACGUCACUGACGCUUCAGACAUGACCAGAGACGUGCUCAAGUCAGAGACCUGCUCUGUCCUCAUCCCAGAACUGGAGUUUGAACUGGGAAUGGCAGCUCUGGGUGGGAAGUUCACCACGCUGGAGGGGCUGCUGCAAGACAUUAAGGACCUGACUGUCUCCAAAAACCCCUUCAUCUGUGGUGACAGCAGCUCCACUGACCGAGUGGAGAAGCUAAAGGAGUUUGGGGAGAAGAUAGAGAAGAUCCUGGCAGGAGAAAUGAAAGUACACAUCGUCCUGGACGAUGCAACUGGGAACAGCUACAUGCAGAAUGUGUACGCUCCAGAGGCGGACCCUGAGAUGACAGUAGAGAAGUACACUCGCACAUUUGAUCAGAAUGAAGAGUUGGGCCUAAAUGACAUGAAGACUGAAAAUUAUCAAGAAGAAAACUGAACUGAACUCAAAUACUGGAAUAAACUGAUAAUUGGAAAUGUCUGCACAGACCCAGUGUUACAUUGCAUCCAUAUUUUCUCUCAUUUUCAUGUUUUAUUUUAAAAACUGGGUGAAUUAUUGCUUUCAAAAAGCCUUAUCUUAAACUUAAACAAUUCUAAGUUGUUGAAAUGUGUAAUAAUUAAACAGUUCAUAUAAAGAAAACCUGAUUUGUAAAAACACAAAUGCUUGUGGUUAAUAAAGAUAAAUGUCAACUCAAA